CUAAAAGAAGAAGAAGAAGACGCUGCCCUUGUGUUUUGGUUGUAACAAGUGGAAAACAUGGCGCAAACGUGUUGUGUUAUCAACUGCCACAAUCGUUCACGCGAUCGCUUCGGGAAUAAAAAGGAUGGGGGGAGAUUUUUCUCAUUUCCGACGUGGAAGCAAAGCCAAGGAGCUGUGAUCUGUGAGCUAACAAAGAGACGCCGAAUGGCCUGGAUAGCAGCCGUGAGACGACCAAACAUCACUUUCAACGCCAUCACCCGACACAUGUUGGUGUGUUCACGGCAUUUUCACACUGGGAGACCUGCUAAUGAAAUGGAUGAAAGCCAUCCAGACUGGGCACCCUCAUUACAUCUCGGACACACGGAGGUGAAAGCUGCAGAUAACGAGAGACUACAGAUAACAUUGCACGAGGAGGAACUUUCUCCAACAAGAGAGCAGAACGAGCGACUACGACAACAACUGGAAGAUGUUUGCAAGACUCAAGUUGUGCUGCACGUUGAAGUGCACAAUAAGCUUACGCUUUUUGUGUCCUGCAGACACCCAGCAGCUGAUUGGUCAUCAAGAAGCAUGUCCCCCUCAGCCACAGGGGCAGCAACAGCCUAUUAAACAGGAAGAGGAGGAGCCACAGCCCCCUCACAUUAAGCAGGAAGAAGAGCCAGAGCCCACCCACAUUAAAGAGGAAGAGGAGGAGCCACAGCCUCCUGCAAUUAAAGAGGAAGAAGCGCCAGAGCCCACCCACAUUAAAGAGGAAGAGGAGGAGCCACGGCCCCACUUUGUUAAAAAGGAAGAGGAUGAACUCUCGAUCAAUCAGGAGGGAGAGUGUCUUCUAGGACCAGAGGAGGCUGAUCUCUCCAGGUUGCAACUGACUGGUGUCUCUGUGAAGACCGAAGACCAUGAAGACAAACCACCUGAGUCCUCACAGCUUCAUCAUAGUCCAAGUGAGGAGAAGAGAGAACCUUCAAGCAGCAGCUCAACACAACACAUGACAACAGAAGCUGAUGGAGACCACUGUGGAGGAUCACAAGCAGACAACCUCUUAGCUCCACUGUCAGAUAGUGACGACACAACGUCUCACUCUCCUGAAGAUGAAGACAGGGACUACAACCAAGAAUCUUUGAGCAGCGAUACAGACUGUGAAGGUGAUAUGACGACUCACACUGGCAACAAACACUCUGAAUGCUCUGAAAAGAAGACAGGUAAAAAAACUUUUAACUGCUCAGUUUGUGAUAAAAAAUUUCCUUGGAAGAGUUUUUUGACUCGACACAUGAGAACACACACGGGAGAAAAACCUUUUACUUGCUCACACUGUUUUAAAGGUUUCAUUCAAAAGGUACAAUUGGUAUUACACAUGAGAACACACACGGGAGAAAAACCUUUUAGUUGCUCAGACUGUGGUAAAAGUUUCACUCAAAAAGCAAAUAUGGUAACACACAUGAGAACACACACAGGAGAAAAACCUUUUGCCUGCUCAGACUGUGGUAAAUGUUUUGCCCUAAAGAGAACUUUAGCAUCACAUGUGAGAACACACUCAGGAGAAAAACCUUUUACCUGCUUAGACUGUGGCAAAUGCUUCAAUCAGAAAUUUAUUAUGGUAAAACACAUGAGAACACAUACAAGACAAAAAUGUUUUAGUUGCUCAGACUGUGGUAAAAGCUUCAAUCGCAAAGUGCGUUUGGAAUCACACAUGAGGACACACACGGGAGAAAAGCCUUUUAGUUGUUCAGACUGUGGUAGAAGCUUCACUCACAAAGUAAAUAUGGUCUCACACAUGAGAACGCACACAAGACAACGUUUUGUUUGCUCAGACUGUGGUAAAAGCUUCACUCACAAAGUAAACAUGGUAUCACACAUGAGAACACACACAGGAGAAAAACCCUUUAACUGCUCAGACUGCGGUAAAGGUUUUGCACACAAAGUAACUUUGGCAUCGCACAUGAGAACGCACACAGGAGAAAAACCUUUUACUUGCUCAGACUGUGGUAAAAGCUUCACUCAGAAAUCAAACAUGGUAAAACACAUGAGAACACACACGGGAGAAAAACGUUUUAGUUGCUCAGACUGUGGGAAACGCUUCUCUCAAAAAGUAGAGGUGGCAAAACACAUGAGAACACACACAGGACAGACGUUUUAGUCAAAUUGUGGUGAUGCAUUUCCUCGGAAGUCCUCUUUGAAAAGACUCAUGUAGAGCCACUGAUGGUCUACUGUAGUUAAAGGUAUUUUAUUUGACUGUAUGCCCUAAUUGCUAAAGGCGGUAACUGAUGAAGUCACUUCCUGUUCGAUUACUUCCCGAUUUGGUCCUGAAAGUAGCGAUUUGAUUCCUUUUACUGACUUGAAUAUAUUAUUCACUCAUUAAACUGAUCUAUUGUUUA